AUGAAAGUUUUUAACACAAAGCUUCAAACGGUAGUGAGAGAACAACUGACUGCGGAAGGACAUCCAUUACCUUCAGAAGUUACCAUAGCAUAUAAUUUUGAAACAAACUCAAUAGAUUUUAAAGUCAUCUCUGCAAAGAAGUCAGGUUUUACAUUUAAUGAAGCAGAUGUAUAUUCGAAUGAAAACUUCAAAGCUAUUGCAUGGUUAGAUAAUGACGAUUGCUUUAAGAAAAUAUUUAAAUACAGUGACUCAACGAUGUCAAUAGAUGACCUUCGUGGAAUGUUACCAUCGACGUUUACAGUUGAAGGCUCAGCAGGAUUGCUUACAAGAUUGUCAAUUGGUGGCGUUUGGUCUCGUGAGAACAUUGUUAUAAAAUCCAGUAUAAGUGAAUUUGCUGAAGAAUCUAUAUUAUGUCUUUCAAACUACAUGUAUUCGCCGCCGAAGCAUUAUAGUAUAACAAACUUUGUCAGUAAGUUUAACAUAAGACUUGUCGAACCUUCUUCAAUGAAAGAUGUUGUGCUACCUAAAGAUGGAAAGGAUGGACUCAUUAUUGAGAUGAUUUUAAUUGCAUAUUAA